GAUGAGUCUACAAUGCAAAUUGCAAAAUACAUGUUUUUCGCCUUUAUGUUUUUUUUUUUCCCUUUCAAAAAAAAGAAAGAGAAGCCUGAAAUUUCUUUGGGGAGGGGGGUGUUUUCUUCUUCAAGAUACAACAUUUUUAAGAUAAGUUUUGAAGGACAAAUUUUGAAGCAAAAAGAUGGUAAACAUCAGGGGAGCAGAUCAACAAAAAGGUUCAGCAUCACCAAGGGCAGAGGUGGGAGAGAUUGACACCAAGAAGCCAUUUCAAUCUGUCAAAGCUGCGGUUAGUUUAUUUGGAGAAGUAGCUCUCAAAGGGAAACCUGCUGUCAGGAGAUCAAGGCUUUCUUCAGAGAAUGUGAUUGACAAGGAGACACAACUUCUACUGGCUCAAAGAGAAGUAAACAGGUUCAAGAGGGUGCUGCAGAGUGCCGAAACUACAAAAGCUCGAGCGAAUUCUGAACUUCAAAAGGCGAAGAGAACAUUGAAUGAUUUAACCACCAAGCUCAAAGCUGUAGAUGAGUCCAAGAAAUCAGCAAUAGAAACUGCAGAAGCGGUAAAAGAAAAGGCUAGGCGACUUGAAGAAGCAAAAUCCCAACAACUCGUGGGGAAUGCAGCUCGAAAACGGGAAUUGGAUGAGGCAAGACAACAGUACAAGAUGGCUGCUCGUGAACUUAAUGCUGCAAAGCAACAAAUCAACAAGAUCCGACAGGAUUUUGAUGCAGCAUUGGAGUCAAAAUCAUCUUCGUUCCAGCAGGCAGCAGAAACUCAGCGUUCGGCAAAUAUGAACAAAGAAAGGGUUAGUGAGCUUUCGAAGGAAAUUGGAGCUAUGCGGGAAUCAGCUCAACAACUGAAGAUUGCUUCUGCACAAAUUCAAGAACAGCAGGAAAAUUUAGUGGAAGAAAAAGAUGCUCGCAUACAUUUUUGUAAGGCUGCCACGGCAGAAGCAGAAAAGAACUUGGAGAUUUUGAAGAAAGAAUAUGAUCCUGAGCUCACAAAGAAUCUUGAGGCGAAGCUCGCAGAAACAUCAGCAGAGAUUGAACUUUUACAAGAAGAGAUGAAAAAGGCCCAUGCCUUCGAAAUGGAAAAGGUAAAGGUUUUAACCAUCGAGUUCAAUGAAGCAACGAAGGCACUGCAAGAAAUUGCCACCGAAGAGAGUUCUCUUCGACAUAUGUUGACAUCCCUUACAGCAGAAUUGGAAAACGUGAAGACAGAGAAAAUUGAAUUGCUGGAGAAAGAAAUAGAGAAAGAAUAUGCUGCAAUGGAAAAGGAAACUGAAAGUGCUAGAAGAGAAGCCGAAGAGUUGAAGAAGAAAGCCGAGGAGAUGAGGAAGAAUGCUGAAGAGCUGAAGGAAGAAACAAAAAAUGCCAGAUUACUGGCUCAAGAUGUGGAGGGAAAGCUAGAACUUGCUCUUAAAGAGGCUAAAGAAGCCAAGGAAGCAGAAAAGAAAGCUCACGAAGAUAUGAAGACAUUAUCUGAAAGAGAGAGCAUUCAAGAUCAAGAUUUCGGCAACAAGAUCAAACUUGCACCGGAAGAGUUCGGGAGUUUGAAAAAGAAAGAGGAGGAAUCAGGAAAUAUUGCAGAUACAAAAGUGGCUGAUGCCAUGGCUCAGAUAGAAGUAGUGAAGGCAAGAAAUAAAGAGGCAGAAAAGAAAUUGGAGGCAAAUUUAAAAGCAAUUGAAGAAAUUAAAGAAGCAACUGACAUGGCUUUGAGGUCAGCAGAUAUGUCAGAGGCUGCAGAAAAGACCCUCGAGACUCAACUCCAGAGGUGGCGUGAGCAAUCGCAAACGAUGGUGGUAGCUUAAAGUGCCUUCAAGAUGGUAGAACAUUCAAAUGAGUCAUCGGGAUCGCUUCCAUUAACUCUGCAACUGAAAAUCAGAUCUAGCAGAUUAUUCAGAUUAGUCAUUGGGAUUCAAAAGUACAUGUUUGGUAAAUCCUCGGUAUGAUUUCCCCAAGCUGAUGUGUUUACCAACCAGAAAACCUUGUCUACAUGAGUUGUUGUCAUGAUGUAUUCUCUAUCAUAUGAAACCAAUUCUGGGAGGGAAAUAAAUAACUAAAGAUUCAUUCUUGGGCAA